AUGGAAUCCUGUUUAGAAAGAAAGAUAUCAGAUGCUGAGUUAGAAGAACUCAAGAUUAAUGCUAUAGAUUGGGCAUUAGCACAUGGUAUCGGAAUGAGACCAAGUGUGGAUGAUUCUGAUCAAGAUAAACUUGUCCAUGCUCCAUUUACUCUCUUUCCAACACCAGUACCACAAUAUAUCAUUCAACAAGCUACACAGUCUAUGGCAUAUUUUAAUAGAUUGAUGCAUAGAGUGGCAAUGGAUCAUCAGUUUCUCGUAGAAUCAUUUAAAAGUGUGAUACAAACUGAUGAUUUUACCCGGAAUCUGUGGAAUAUUUAUAUGAAAGUACAUGAUGAUGAGAAAGCACAGAAAUUGUGUCUUGGUUUAUUUCGGAAUGAUUUUAUGUUGGAUAAGGUCAAAGAAAGCAAUGAUGGCCGUAAAUUUGAAAUAAAGCAGAUUGAAUUUAACUCAAUAGCUUCUAGUUUUGGUGGAUUAACAGCAGAACUAAUACCAUUACACAGGUACGUGUUAGAUUUAGUUGGCCAGAAUUAUACAGAUAAACAGGUACCAGAUAACAGACCAAUAGAAGGUCUAGCAGGUGGUUUAGUUAGAGCCUGGGAACUUUAUGAUAAUAAACAUGCCGUUGUAUUAUUUGUGGUGGGUGUCAACGAGAUGAACAUCAUGGAUCAGAGGUUUUUGGACUAUGAGAUCUACAAACAGAAUAAACAGAUCAAAGUCAUCAGAAAAACCUUUAAUGAUUUAUUAAAAUAUGGAAAACUGAAUGAAGAUAGAAAAUACAUCAUAAGUGAAGAUGAAGUGGGUGUUGUGUAUUACAGAGCAGGAUAUAGUCCUACCAGUUAUAAUGAGAAGAUAUGGCAAGUAAGAUUGGAACUGGAACAAGGAAGUUGUAUAAAAUGUCCACCAAUAAAUUAUCAACUAGUAGGAGCCAAGAAAAUCCAACAAAUUUUAGCUGAACCAGGCGUACUAGAUAGAUUUAUUAAAGAUCCUGUAGUUUUUGAUAUGAUUAAAUCAACAUUUGCUGGACAAUAUAGUCUUGAUAUAGGUAAAGAAGGGGAUAAAAACCUGAAAAUGGCUGUGAAAUCUCCCAAUAACUAUGUUUUAAAACCACAAAGAGAAGGCGGAGGUCACAAUAUGUAUGAUGAUGAACUGGUAGAGUUUUUAAAACAACAUGAGAAUUCUGCUGAGAGAGCAGGAUAUAUUUUGAUGGAGAAGAUCCGACCCCAGACUCAAACUAAUUAUCUUAUUAAAGCUGGUACUCCAUUGGUGAAAUCUAAAUGUAUAUCUGAGUUAGGUAUUUAUGGCUGUUACAUUGGCAAUGAAAAAGAAGAGUUAUAUAAUACAGUAUGUGGGCAUUUAUUACGAACUAAAACAGCUGAUACAAAUGAAGGUGGGGUGUGUGCUGGUUUCUCAGGCAUUGAUUCUCCUUUUAUUAUUCAAUAA